AGACGUACAGCGUACGUACCGAACCUACCUAGCUAGGAUCUUCGUAAUUGCUUCAAAAUCUCUGUCGACUGCCGAAGUUUUCCAGCCCUCCCGACCCUAUCAACUCGUCCCCAUUCAGGAGAACUCAACCCUCUGUGAAGAAUCAAAAGAUGUCCUCUUUUCGCAACGUAGCAAUCCGGGCCGUGGCCUGGGCCAACGUCGCGACCUCGCGAGCUGCGUCCAUUGCUCCCCGCUCUGCCUACGCGCAGAAUGCCGUUCGACCUUUUUCCGUGAUGGCGCCCCGGGCGCUCGCGCGGACACUUAUGCUCCGGGAUGAACCCAAGCAGGAGACGGACGACGCCGCAGCAGCCACGAGAGCGGGAACGUCGCAACAAGCGGAGGAAGCCAGACACGAGGUUCCUCGCUCGCUCUGGGUCCAGAACAUGGUGUAUGGGCUUGCCGACGAGGAGAUCACCGAGGCCUUCUCCAAGUAUGGCGAGGUCAGCAGAGUGUUCCGGACCGACGACAAGUCGAACUGGGCUUUUGUUAUUUUCAAGGACGUCGAAAGCGUCAGGAUCGCAGCCGAGAACGUUGACGGCACAUUCUGGCACGGCAGACGGCUCCGGGCAAUGCCCAGGCGGGCACGGACACCGGGCCUCCGGCGGGAGCAGAACGAUGUCCCGAUGAAUGAUACAUUGUUCAUCAGCGGACUCCCAUACGACAUGAAGGACGAGGAGCUGAACGACUUAUUUUCCGACAUGGAGGGCGUCAAGAACGUGCGCAUCGCGGUAGACAAGGCCACUGGCUGGCCCCUCGGUUACGCCCACGCGUGGUUCAGUUCGGUGGAGACGGCUCAGAAGGCAUUUGACAAGCUGCAGGGCACCCAGAUUCGGGGGAGCAAUCUCCGGGUCUCGCCGUCGAGGGGCAGAAAAGAGAAGAAGCAGCAACGAGAGCAGCAGCAGCAAGAAGAGCAGCAGCAGCAGCAGCAGCAGCAGCAGCAGCAGGAUGGCAACAAUGCCUAGGGCGGGUUAUCCGAUCUUCUCUUGUGCGUGGAGAGGUAUGGGAUGAGUCGAGAAAUCUUCAACUCCUCUCUUUGUUGUGUCGCGAUAUAAAAUGGAUGGCUGCGAGGAGCUGAGAAGACUGGAAAGCUCCAAGCAAGACCAUGGACUGUACACUAUGUAUGUAUCAAGUUGACUGCAUAAUAAUAAGUAUGGGUUGUCUUGGAGGGACAACUUAGCAUAUUGUCACAACACAUUAUUACUACCUAUUUACGAAUUGCUGAAGCCACCGUUGGUAGAACUGACUAUCUGUAGGUAGGGGGGGAAACGGUUGCCAUCAAGCGCAGAUGGAAAACCAGCAGUGAAGGACGUUGGGACCCACUAACCCCAGACGGGUGUGAAGUAUCGGUACCGGU